AAAAAAAGCAAUCUUCAAUGUCCAAUCAAAUGUCCAUGUCAAUAUUAAAACGUAGUGAUUAUAUUCUCUUUGGUCAAUAUCUAAUUCACAAAAAAACAAUUUUACAUUUCUCACGGUCUAUCGUAUUUGUGAAAAUAUGUUAAACACAUAUUAGUAUUAUCAUUAACAUUAAAAGUGUAUUACCGAAAUAUUAGUUUAUUUUUUAUGCUGUGAAACUAUAACGUAACAAUGACAGAUAUUCUGGAUAUUUUGGAUAUAGAACAGCCUGGAGCGGCCGAGAUUAGCCGGGAUAGUAUUAUCCAUGGCGACAAGAACAAGAAGAAAUAUGUUACUGCCAAAGCGGUGAAAAGGCCUGAGGGCAUGCACCGAGAGGUGUUUGCCCUUCUUUACAACGAUAACAAAGAUUUGCCGCCUCUAUUGCCAACUGAUACAGGUAAAGCUUACAAACAAACAAAGGCUAAGCUAGGCAUGAGAAAAGUAAGAAAAUGGGUGUGGGCACCUUUCACUAAUCCAGCUCGGAAAGAUAAUGCUGUGUUUCAUCACUGGAAAAGGAGUGCAGAUGAAGCUAAAGAAUAUCCCUUUGCACAAUUUAAUAAGCAAGUAGCAAUACCAUCAUAUUCAGAGUCAGAAUAUAAUCAAUAUUUAAAAUCUGAAGACUGGAGUCAGGCAGAAACUGAUCAUUUGAUGGAUUUGUGUCAGAGAUUUGACUUGCGGUUUAUUGUGAUACAUGACCGAUGGGAUAGAGCUGCUUUUAGGGACAGGAGCAUUGAGGAUCUAAAGGAACGCUAUUAUGGUAUUUGUGCGACAUUGAGCAAGGUGAAAACAAAUCCCUGGUCGAAUACGGUUACAUCAGUUAAUGGUGAAAAAAGAGUUUACCAUUAUGAUGCUGAACAUGAGAGAAAAAGGAAAGAACAAUUGCGCAGGUUGUUUGACCGCACUCAGGAACAGAUUGAUGAGGAACAAAUGCUGUUAGCGGAACUGAAAAAAAUAGAAGCAAGGAAGCGUGAGAGAGAACGAAAGACACAGGAUUUACAAAAACUUAUAUCUAGAGCUGAUAGUGGCAAUGUUCCUGUUGCCCAUCUGCCUACCAACAACACGGAGAGCAAUACUCCAUCUACAACAGCAGCUAAUAUGGUCAGGCGGCAUGAGAGGAAACUACAUAAAAAGAAGAUGACAACACAACAGAGACCUAUGCGUACAGUCGAUAAUGUUACAGUGGAAUGGUCUGGCAUAAAGUUUCCCGAAGCUCGCGGUACAGGUGUGUGGCUUCGAUCGCAACGUAUGAAGCUGCCUCCUGGAGUGGGACAGAGGAAAUCUAAAGCCAUUGAACAGGAGUUACGGCUUAUGAAUAUUGACAUAGCGCCAACGCCGACGGAAAUGAUAUGUAAACAUUUCAAUGAUUUGCGUUCCGACUUGGCUCUAGCCUUGGACUUGAAGAAUGCGCUCGCGUCGUACGAAUUCGAGUUGCAAGCCUUGAGGCAUCAGUAUGAAGCUCUCAAUCCUGGAAAGACUCUAACAAUCCCAGCCUCGAUAUGCAACACGAGUACAGAUAGCGAGUCGAAGCCGAUCGGUGAAAUUAUCGACGUGGUCGGAUCUCCAGGAGGACUCAACUCCACCAUUUAGCAUUACUUGUAUUAUAUAGUUCAAGAGUAAAGUUUGAAAGACAAUGACGAUAUUAUGUACGGUGUUUAUGUUAACAUAUAAUGUCCAAUUUAUUACUAGGGCCUGUUUCACAGUUUUAGAGUAAAUGGUACUCGUUACAUAGAUGUUUAUAAGUCGACCAAAUACAAUAGUCACUUAUCUAUGCUCCAGAACAAUGGUAAUAAAAUGAGUACUGUCUAAAUUAGCUGUUUAAUACUAUAAUUCAAUUAAAUUUACAUUUAACUUGUGAAUCAGUUCUUAUGUGUUAUAAUUAAAAAGCUGUUUAUUUAUUCGGAUGUUUCGUAUGGUUGUCUCGAUUAGUAACUAGUAGUUAUAUAAGACUUAUCGAAUAUAAGGUCCUUGUAUCACGCCUCUUUCCCUUUACAGGGGUAAGCAGUGGUAAGACAUUUUGUCAGGUGUGAAUUAACUCGUAGUUAGUUAAUAAUUUGGAUAUAUGUUGUGUUGUAGUAAUGUAGUUACUUUGUCUAAAACUUACAUGUUAAAAUAAUAUAUUUAACAUUCAAAAUUACAAUAAUCAAAUUAAAUUAGUUGCCGUCUAUUAUCCUUCGUAAUAUUCUUCGCAUCGCGACAGGAUUGUCAAGAGGUACCUGAAACCAUAAUGAAUAAAUAUGUUAAUAAUUAA